GGGUUUAAAUGGCUGCGGCCGUGGCUGCGGGCUCCCAUCGAGCGACAUGGAGGGAAUGCGCUGCUUGCUUGUCAUCGCUGUUUUCGGUGGAAGCAAAUUUGCUAACUCAGCAUCGCCAACUUACGAUUAUGAAGCUCAAGGGCCGCGCACCUGGCCACGCACCUUCCCCAUGUGUAACGGCAGCAUGCAGUCGCCCAUAGACGUGCCCGAGGAGCGCGCGCUGAGCAGCGAGCUGCCGCCGCUCGUCUACCAAGGCUACUGGGACCGGAGAGUAGAGGCCACGCUCACCAACACCGGUCUCACAGCCGAGGUGUCGGUGGAGGACUGGCCCACGCCGGCCACGCUGUCCGGCGGCCCGCUGCGAGGCGUCUACCAGUUCUCCAACCUGCACUUCCACUGGGGCCCCAACUCCUCCGUGGGCAGCGAGCACACGCUCACCGGGGAGAGAUACUCCAUGGAGGCGCACGUGGUUCACUUCAAGCAGGAGUACGGCAACGUGACGAACGCCUACUCCUAUCCAGAUGGCAUAGCCGUGGUGGCGUUCUUCCUGGAGGUUGACUCGUGGAUCCCCAACCUGCAGCUGAGCAGGCUGGUGGAGGCAGUGAUGCAGGUUGAGCAGCUCGACUCCACCGCGACCCUGCCACUUCGCGACGCCACCAAGUGGUUCCACCACGACGCCACCGAGAGCGAGUACUACACGUACCAGGGCUCGCUGACCACGCCGCCGUGCUACCAGGUGGCCACCUGGAUCAUCUACCCCUCGGUGAUCAGCAUGGCCGAGCGACAGGUGGCUGUGUUCCGCCGGCUGAGGUCCACCACGGGCUCGAGACUCACGAGCAACUACCGCCCGAUUCAGCCGCUCAACGGCCGGGAGGUGGAGUUCGCGGAGGGCAACUCCGGCCAACUGAACCAUCUGGGAGAGGGAUACGUGCGUGUCUGAGAAGCAGUACCUUCUUCCACACAAGCCCCACCUCAACCAAUUCACAGUAGCUUGCAUGUCGGCGAGUGGUGUCGGCUGAAAUGCCAGUCCGUGCUUUCUUUAAAGCUUACUGAUUUUACUCAUUCCACAAUUAAAUUAAGACUGCACGCAAUGAAUACUAUAUGCCCACAGAAAUCAUUAACUGUCAGAAAUAUCUAGUAAUAUACGCGUAACUCUAUUUGUUUAUAAUAUUAGAUAUUGCAUUUAGGGAUGAGAUAAGUAAGAUACUUUUGCAAUUCAAAGCAACACUAUUGUAUGUAUAUUUUUCAUGAUAUAACCUGUAGAAUAAUGCUUCUGGAUAAAAAUAAUAUAUUAUUAAUCAGUUAUUUACUUUAACUUUUAAUUACCAGUACUUUUCGCUGCAGAAAACAAUUUAUUGCAAUAAAUAAACAUGUAAAUUAUAAUUUAUUUCAUUUAUUUUAUUUUUAUAACUGAAUAAUUAUUUUCUGUGAAGUCAAUGAUCUGAAAAAGUAAUUUUUAAUGAUAUUUUCUUAUGUCAAAAAAUUUUAAUUAUGUUUUCAGCCACUGUUAAGGUUUGUGUAAGUAGAUCUUCGUUUUCUUCAUUUUUUUUUGUCAAGAGUAAAUAAUUAAUUUAAGAAGACAACUAACAUCAAUCUACAAAACUUUGUAAACAUUCAGAAAUUUUAAUUUAUUUCGCUCAUCAAUGUGCUUUUGGUUAUGUAUUAAUAUUCAGGAUCACAAUAGAUAAUUAUGGAAUAAAUAAUUAAAAUGUA